UAAGCAAAGCGAGUCGGCUAAGGCAUUGGUGAAACCACGCGCAAGCGCGUCGCACCGCACUAUUCAUUUCUACUUCCCAAUUCAAUCGUGGGACAUCAAUCACAAAGCCAUUUAAAGUCAUCUUCUUCAUCACCAUCCAUUAUAAUUUCCUCUUCCGUCUCGCUCAGAAUCCAAACCCUAGAAAAUUAGACCCUCCCACGAAACCCUAGAUUUCCUCUCUGAAAUUUUUCAAAGCUUCUCCCCAUUCCUGGGAUUCCGCGCCCAGAUCGCAGAUCCCUUUUAAUAUUUUUACGUCCCCGAUCGGUUUUGGAUUCUGAAGAAGAAAAUUCAAUUACGCAAAAUUCCGAGGCAUUGCCGCUGUCCUGGCUUGCGCAUGGGUAAGAUUCUGAGAGAAACCGCGAGGCCGUCCUUUACUUGUUCGUCGGCGUCACCGUCGUCAGCGCCACCGGCGACGACGUCGUCGACGUCGGUGACCGACACCGUGAGGGGAUCGCACCGGUUCAAGAUCACGGGGUAUGCUCUGUCGAAGGGGAUUGGGAUUGGGAAGUAUAUAGCGUCUGAUAUAUUUUCGGUGGGAGGGUACGAUUGGGCGAUCUAUUUUUAUCCUGAUGGGAAGAGCGUGGAGGACAAUGCUACGUACGUUUCUCUCUUCAUCGCGCUGGCUAGCGAGGGGGCAGAUGUUAGAGCGCUUUUUGAGUUGACCCUUUUGGAUCAGAGUGGGAAGGAGAGGCACAAGGUGCAUAGCCAUUUCGAGAGGACCCUCGAGAGUGGACCUUACACGUUAAAAUACCGUGGUAGCAUGUGGGGUUACAAGCGGUUUUUUAAGAGAACAGCACUAGAGACAUCAGAUUACCUUAAAGACGAUUGCCUUAGCGUUAAUUGCAGUGUUGGUGUAGUGAAAUCACACACAGAGGGCCCUAAAAUUUAUAAAAUUCCAAUUAUGCCUUCUAACAUUGGUCAGCAACUUGGGAAGCUUUUAGAAAGUGGGAAAGGCAGUGAUGUGAGUUUUGAAGUGAAUGGAGAAGUUUUUGCUGCUCAUAAAUUGGUACUGGCUGCUCGCUCACCAGUUUUCAGGGCCCAACUUUUUGGUCCUAUGAAAGAUCAGAAUACCCGUUGUAUAAAAAUUGAAGACAUGGAGGCUCCAGUUUUCAAGGCAUUGCUUCAUGUUAUAUAUUAUGACUCACUACCUGACAUGCAAGAGCUUACUGGGUUGAACUCGAAAGGGGCUACUACCUUGAUGGCUCAGCAUCUGCUUGCAGCUGCUGAUCGGUAUGGCUUAGAGAGAGUUAGGCUGAUGUGUGAAACAAAUCUCUGUGAAGAUGUUGCAAUAAACACUGUUGCUACGACUCUGGCCUUGGCAGAGCAGCACCAUUGUUUCCAACUGAAAGCAGUCUGUCUGAAAUUCGUUGCACAGCCUGAAAAUCUUAGAGUUUUAAGGAGAUGCGUGAGAGGGGAAAAGGAAGAGGAGCUUCUAGAAGGGAUGCCCAAGGAGUACUAUGACGAUGAAUGGCAAGCCCAGCAACGAAAGAAGACCAAGGAGUUGCAACGAAGACGCAGACAGGAAGAAGAGGAAGAAGAAAGAAAGAUGGGAGAGUAUCGUGAAAUUGGCUUACGGUUGAAGGAAUACCCAGAAGAAGAUGUCAUUAAAGCAAGGAAACUAGUUGCAAGCUUUCUCAAGGUUCCUGAAGAAGUGGAAGAGAGAAUUGAGGAAGCUGCUGAGAAAGGAGAGCUUACUGAACUUGUUUUAAUGGUCAUAUGGAAUCGGCUUGAUCUUGCUCGGCGUGAUGAAGAAAAGGAUGCCAUUAGAAGUCUGGAUCUGUUAUACAGAAGGGCUGAGACUGAGAUCUUGAAACGAGAGGCUACUCCUGCGAUGAGAUUGCUGAAUGAUCUUUUGAUUAUGUAUGACGGCCAUGAUUUUGAAGAGUGGCUAAAGAAAUGUAAGAAGGUCAUGAUUGAUGCAUUUCCUCACGAGGAUCCAUUUAGUAUUCUUGUUCCACCAGGAUUGGAGUCAUUCGAUAUAGAUAAGCAUCACGGGCCAUUGAGACCAUCCCUUGAAGAUGAUGAGACCCUUUUAAGGGUGGACUUCGUAAGGGAGGUGGAUGAAUUGCUGCGAGAGGUUCGUUCUGAAAAGAGUGAAGUACAAAAUGAAUCAGGGUUUGAUCUUGAAUCUGUUGCAAAUAGACUGAAACAACAGGAGAAGCAACAAACAAUACGCCAAGUUGAAGCUCUGCUAGAUUUAGCCAUGGGUUUGAAAUGGUAACUAUUUUGUCCUAGAUUGCAUUUUGGUUCACAUUGCUUGAGUCAUCCGAUAGUCCGUAGUUGUGAAUAGGAAUUGGAGUGCACUGCAAUUGCAACCCAAAUUAGCUUCCUUUUAUGGUUUUCUUUUUUACCUUUUUGAUGAACGUAUGAGUAUAGUACCAACCAAAAAAAGAAAACCAAAGACAUACAAUAAAUGUAGCCAUGGCAAUUUGGGUGAUCCUCUAAAGGUAUCUAAGUUUUUGGAUUUCCAUACAAAUAUAUGCCUUAAUGUACGUUUGUUGUUGA